CGCUUAGGGGAGAUCACCAUUGACAUGUAAAAUAAAAUGGCGACAGCGGGAAUGUACGAUUCCCUUUCAGAUGUUGAUUAUCUUGUAAUGAGAGCCAGACAAUAUUCUAAAACAGACCAAUACGCGGCUAAAGCUUGGCUUAUCACAGCAAAAUCUUUAUUUCCAACAUCUUUUGUAAUACAGUUUGAAUCUUAUCAAGUAGAAAAGGCUGGGAGGAAUGUCAAUGAAGCUGCAAAACAGCUUGAAGAAAUGUUUCGAAAUUUCCCAAAUGAGCGUCAGCUAUGGGAGGAGGUACAAAAUGUUCUGGAAGCAUUACAGACAGACUCCAGUGACCAGCGCCAAACAUUUCUCACAGAAAUAUUUGCUGCAAUCCCAACACACAUUCAGUGCCAAAUGCUGCUCAGUGUAGCUGACAAGAUAUCCAGUACCCUAGAACAAUGUCGGCUGCUUCUUCUGGCUAUGAAAAAUUUCCCCAAUCUUGUGCAAGAACAUGGGUUAAAGCUGGUUGAUCUGCUAAUAAUGGAGGAAACCAAGGUUCCUGGACUCCCAGCAGUCAACUGCUAUCGCAAACUACUGGUGUGUGAUGUCAUGCCACUGCUAUUAAACCGUGGCCUUAAGCAGAAGCUGCCUGCUGAUGUUCUUUACAGCUGGUUACGCCGUGCUAUAGAGUUUUACAUCAGUUAUGUAACACAGCCCUCGAUUGGUGACCCUAGUAGUAGUGUAGGGGCAGACUUGCUAUCACCAACCAAGGCCUCUAUAAAGCGGCUACCACCAGUUGCAGGCCUGCUAGAGCGUGAAAACCAAGUCAUUGACCCAUGGGGCAGUCUCUUCAAUCUUCUGCUGUUGCUGGGACAUUGUCUUGAUUGGGAAUUUGAACCAGAUAUCUUCAAUAAAAGCAGGGAAGUCCAGUGGCAGUAUAUAGUUUCACAGUUCAACAGAGCCAAGCAGACUCAUUCUGACGGUGGCUACAAGCAAGUUCUGCACAUGGCAGUGGUUCUGUUUAUUCAGAGUUUUUACUUCUACGUCAGUCAUGUUGAGGCAAACAUUGCUGCUGGAAAUUCUUCAGGAGGGGCUACAACUCCAGUUGUCCUCAUAGAAGGAUUUCCACCUGACAUGGAAGAACAUGUACCACACCCAAGAGUGAAGAAACAAAAGACAGAUGGUUCCAACCAGCCACCUAUAUAUCCUUCAUCAAGUAUUAGCAAUGCCCAAACACUAGUCUCCAAUUUCACCAUGGCCCUUAAGUGUUUUGAACUGCUGAACACCAGGGAGGAGCUUAGAAGAGAUUUCCUGUCAUUGUAUGGAAAGUGGAACAAAGAGACCUGGGCCUGGAUCAGCAAUCUUCAGAUAGACAUGGCUCUCUAUCAGGGAAAUUUCCAGGAUGCUAUAGCCCAGAUCCAGAACUUCUUAGACACAGCUUCAGGGAAGAUGAAGGUACGUUAUGCCCUUCAGCGAGCAUGUUGCCAUUAUUGCUUGAGGAACUAUUCUAAGGCCUGUGAACUGGUUCUGGACCUUAUCCAGACCAUUCCUGAGAAUGACAGUUUGGAUUGUGAAGAUGUAGAAAAACCUAACCCAACAGGAUCUGGUCGACACUUGCUUAUGUUGCAGUGUACAGAGAAGGAGAUCUUGCCUUACUGUAUUCAGCUUCUAGUUGCAAGCCUGAAGGAAAGAAUGUACUCAACACACUGUUCUGAUGCAGUGCUUGCACACCUGAUCAUCUUGCUGCAGAAUGACUGGCCUCAACAAGAAUCUCUGUUUCUUAAUGUUAUCAAGCAUAUUCAGCGGCAGGGAUCGUUCACAUACAACAUGUUCUUCUCAUAUGUUUUUGUGGUUGACAUACUGGAGGAGUUUGCUUUUCUGGACACAGCAGAAGGUGGUCGUAUCAACCUGGACAUACUGCCAACUAGCACCAAGACACUUGCGCAGCAGCGAACAGUUACAAGGGGAGUAAACAAAGGGGUAAAAGAGGAUUUCCGAGCAGCCCUUGAGAAACAAGUCGGGCGGCUACAGGAGCCUUGCCAGCGGAUCAUCAGAAAGUUUCUGAGAGAAGAGCGAACAGCUUUCUUGCAGAAUAUGUGACGCAGAUGGGUGUGUUUGGUGUUCAGUCCCAUGAUUGAAGAAGUUGUCAUAUUACAACAGUUGUGUGUUGAUUCUCUGAAGACUUUUCAUAGACACUUCAAAGGUGAAGGUGUGCAGAUACUGUCUGCAUGAGCUAUUGUGAGAUUAUUCAAGAGCUGAAUGGAGGGUAAGACUUGUCACAGGAGAAGAAGAGACACAGGAGUACAAGACAUUGACUGUGUACUACUGGUGUUUUUAGUAGUCUUGUGCAUGUUUAGACUUGUCAGAUGCUGGAUGUGAAAAUGCAAGUGUAAACAAAAUGGCAGAGUGUUUUGGGUCUACUGAACCUGGGUUAAUUACUGUGUAAUUCUUAAGUGAUGAUGACAAUUCAAGCCCAUUAUGUUACAGACAAUCUUAGGAUUAAGGAUGGUGAAAGA